GCGGAAUUUAUAAUUUUCCUUUGUCGUUCACCUAGAUCCAAUGUCGUCUAGAGCGAGAAGACAACGCAUCCUUAGGGACGAAGACGACGAAGACGACGAAUACACUCAGCCUUCAACGUCGGGUACGCAACGCGAGUCGAAGAGAAUACGUCAAGAAGAUUCAUCGUAUAAUGAGCUGGACUCACAACUAACGGCAGAGCAAACUUCGCAGGACCUCGAAAGAAAAGUCAAUGACACAGUUAGAUACGCGUUGGCUUGCGAGCACCGAAAACAAGUCAUUCGGAAAGACGAUAUCGCCCGAAAAGUCCUUACUGAUCGAUCGCGCUCGUUCCCUGCUAUCUUUGACAAGACUCAGGCAAAGUUGAGGCAUCUUUUUGGCAUGGAAUUGACCGAGUUGGUCUCGAAAGAGAAAUCGAAUCCAGCUAAACGAGCAGCGGCAAAUGGAAAGGUGGUAUUAAGCAAAACGUACGUUUUAAGAAAUAUCCUUCCCGAAGAGCAGAAUGACCCUCAGAUCAUACACCACACCGAUGACGAAUAUCAAUCUACUGGAUUGCUUUAUGUCAUCCUUUCGCUUAUAUUUGUCAACGAGCAAAGUAUGAACGAUGAACUGCUUAUGUCUCAUCUAAAUCGAUUACGGAUACCAGAGGAAUCGGAAACGUUUGGCGAUCGCGCUAGAAUGCUGGAUGGAUUUGUCAAGCAAGGAUACCUUCAGCGCCAAAAGUUGAAUGCAGAGGUCGCUCAAAGUGACCAGCCUGUUUUCCAAUACUCUUGGGGUCCUCGUGCCAAAGCUGAAGUUCCAGAACAAAAUAUGGUUGGGCUCAUUUCAAGCGUCUAUCACGUACAAGGCAGUGAAUUAGAUAGACUACAAGAUUCAAUCUACAAGGCUGCUUCUAUCGACACAUAGAGAUGUAUCAAUCUUCAUGUUGAUUGAAAAAUG